AUGGAAAGUAUGAAGAGAAAAAGAACUCAAGGUGAUGAGAGUGAAAGUGAUGAUGAAAAUUAUGUGCCAUAUGUGCCGCUCAGUGAAAGGAAAAAACAAGAGAUGCAGGUAUUGCAGAAACGAUUGGGUGUUGUUGUCACAAAGCCUUCUAAAACUAAUUUGGUUCUGACCUCCUCAACAAGCAGCAGCGGUGGCGGCGGCAUUACCAACAGCAGUAGCUCAAGUAGUGCAGCCAGAUUGUUAUUGCAGCAGGAUGACCACCAGGACGAUGACCAAAGUCCUUGGAUGAAAGAAGCUGAUGAAGAGGAGGAGGAAGAGGAAAUUUACUCUGGACCCAAGUCCAAUGUCAGCUUGCUUGAUCAACAUAGUGAACUUAAAAAAAAGGCAGAAGCUCGCAAAGAAACAGCUCGUGAAAAAAUGUUGAAAGAAGAAGAAAAGAUUCUGGAAAGUGACAAUGAAAAAAAAAGCUUUGAUGGGUGUGGCAGAAUUGGCCAGAGGCAUUCAGUAUGA